AUGAGCGACUGGCGUGAGGACUUUUUGGAAGAUUUUGACUCGGAGUUCGACACCUCGAGAAAAAUCAUUAUCGCGAUCAGCAGUACAAUUGCAGCAAUUGUGUUUUUGACUAUUCUUGGGCUUUGCGCUUUUGGAUGUUGCGGCUCAUUUUUCGCGAUUCGACAGCUCCGCGAAUACAGAGAACGAAACAGGCGUCCACAACAAAAUACACCUGCGUCUACUUUUCAUCAAUCAAACCCUACUUUCAAUCCCUCAGCUCCAUAUAAUCAUUGA